GGACGCACUCCUCCUGGUGACAUUUGCGAACAGAUUCUGACUUUGGUAGGCACCGUGCAGUUCAAGGCGUUGGGCCCGAGGAGGAUUUGCAGCUGCCCCUUGGCGUUCGGUACUCUGCAUCUGCCAGCCCACCGCCGGCUGACCUCGGUGCCCGAAAACAGUGUCGGCCAGAUGUGGUGCCAGACGCCCGCUGCCACGACCCCGUGCGACGACGAGGUGGCCUGCAUGCCCAUCGGCAUGAUCUGCUACCCGAAGCUCGGGAGGGAGGCUCCCGGCGGCGGCGCCGACCGCCGCCUCUCAUGGCCCAGGGAGGUGGCGAAAGCUGGUGGCCCCGCCGCCUGGAACCGGCGGCCCGAGCUGGCUCCACUGGUGGAGAUGCUCGGCGGCAUGGCGGAUGUCAAGAGCGCGGACGACGCGCUCGCGAGGGUGAGAUCGAUGAUCCAGUUGGACCACCACCUCUGGGCGCACUUGUGGAUGAAGGCGCUGCACGCCAAGAGCCUGGACAUCUAUUACGAGACGAUCCUGAGGCAGCCGUCCCUGAUGCUGCCGGUCAUGUACACGCCAACGGUGGGGGAGGUGUGCCAGAAGUACGGGAUGCUGCCCUUCAGCAGGCGCGGUUGCUAUCUCUCUGUGGCCGACCGCGGGCGUGCCCGGGAGGUCCUGGACGAAUACGCGCGGGCGGAGUUGGAGCAUGUCGAGGGGCGGCCGGUCUGCGAUUGCAUCGUCUUCUCCGAUGGGGGCCGGAUCCUCGGCUUGGGCGACCUCGGCGCCUGGGGCAUGGGCAUUCCCGUGGGCAAGCUCGACCUCUACACGGUCUGCGGUGGGGUCAGCCCGCACCGCGUCAUUCCGCUCAUCAUCGACGCGGGCUGCGGUGAUUCUUCCAAGAACACGGACAAGCUGGAGAUCCGCGAGCACCCCCUGUACACGGGGCUGAAACAGGACCGCAACCUGGAGAAGUCCGCUGCCGGCACGAUGGUCAAUUCUUGCUACUACGGACAGGGAAACAUUAUCCAGGAACUCUUCGUGGCGGCCACCGACCUGUUCGGAGACACUUGCCUUUUGCAGUUCGAGGACUUCAACUCCAACGACGCAUUCCCGCUCCUCGCCGAGUAUCGGGAGAAGUAUUUGACUUACAACGACGACAUCCAGGGCACCGCGGCAGUAGCCGUUGCUGGUAUCAUGGGAGCUAUUAAGAUCAAACAUCCCGAUUGCGCUGACCUAAUCGGCGCGCUGAGGAAGGAGACGUUCCUCUUCUUCGGCGCGGGAUCCGCCAACAUUGGCGCCGCAAAUCUGCUCCUUAACGAGGGCGGAGUUGAGAAACACCGUGUGCUGAUCUGCGGUUCCAAGGGCCUCAUUUGGGUGUCCCAGGAUGGGUCUCAGGGCGUGUUCAAGAACGAGGAGCAGAAGGCCCUUGCGUACAAGGGCAAACCCAAGUUCGCGUGCGGGAGCCUCGUCGACGUGAUCCGCGCAGUGAAGCCUACAGUCUUGGUCGGUGCCGUGGGUGUCUCCCCGAACUGUUUCACCAAGGAGGUCGUCGACGGGAUGAUGAAGAGUGUCGGGAGCGGGGGGCGGCCCAUCAUUUUUGCUCUCUCGAACCCGAAGUCCCAAUCAGAGAUCACGGCAGUGGAUUGCUAUCGAUGGUCGAGCGGGGCUGCCAUCUUCGGAUCUGGGACCCACUUCGAUGCUGUCGAGGUCGGGGGGAAGAGGCAAUCGCCUGGGCAGGUAAAUAACGUGUAUAUUUUCCCUGGUAUGUCCUUCGGCGCCAUUUGCUGCCAAGCGAGGACCAUCCCAGAAAGGUUCUUUUUAGUGGCCGCAGAGGCAGUGGCGAACAGCCUGAGUCAGCAGGACUUCGACGAGGGCCGAGUAAUCCCUCAUCGGGACCAAGUGCAGCUUGUGAACCUCAAUGUCGCCACCGCCGUGGUACUGGAGGCGCAAAAGAUGUCCCUGGCGCGACGGGCGCUUGGCGCAGAUGCGGAUUCGGUGAGGGCCACGCUGGAGGGGAUGAUGUGGAAGCCAGGUAACCUCAGCAAGUAGACAGUGCUGGGACAGUUGCAUUGUAUUUCGUGUUGGGGCAGUUGUGGUACGCAAGCCGAGGCGUGAUUGGCUACACGAUCGAGCCUGCUCACAACCUGCUUCGGUAUAGUAGCUGCGGUUUGAGACUUCUGGUGCGGAGGAUUCGUGCUACGCGGCCCUGGAUGCAAGACGGGCACAGCGAACAUCUGAUCACGGGUUUCGCGUUCACGCGUCUGGCUCACAGUGUCGACGUUGCGCGUAUGAGGCAUUGCGCGUGCGAUACGUUUUGCUCUGGCAGCACAUAGUGUACCAUAUUGUCAGGGAUAGGCGCGGAGGUGGGCAGGUCACCCCGAGCAUAGCGUGCACCCAAGCAGCUCGAUUUUGUUCGUGUUUGGGUCGGCGGAUUUGCAAUCACACGUGUUCCUUCAUGCCUACCACUGUUCUGCCCUGUCCAGUGUUCCGUAGGUGCUGAAUUUUCUUCUUUCGAUUUUCAUUCGCGUACAAAAGUCGAGCCCGUCCAAACAUCUGCUAUGGGUGUCUGUUAGUUUUUUGUUCCAGCACCCAGCCUUGACAGUGAAGACAGGCAUGCUCCUCAAAGCAGGUACGCAACGGACGGCCGAAGGGCCGUUGCCCGCUCGUCUCGGCGCGCGGACCAAAAAGUACAACGUUUUGUUGUCCGUCGUUAUCUAGCGGGAUUGGUCCAAGAGACUUGCCCCAUUCCGCCGACCCUCAGAAGAG